AUGACCGCUGUUGUUGUCCGCCGACUAGCUGCCCUCUCUGGGGCUUCGGCGGUGGCACUAGGAGCCUACGGGGCGCACGGUUUUAAACACAGCGAUCCCGACGAUUACCAGAGAGUGCUAUUUGAAACCGCCAACAAAUAUCAUUUCUACCACAGUUUAGCCCUGCUAGGAGCUGCCCACUCCAGCAAACCUGCUGUGGCCGGGACCCUGUUGAUCACCGGUAUGGGAAUGUUCUGCGGAUCGCUCUACCACCAAGCCAUGACGGGGGACCCCGGCCUUCGCAAGGUUGCCCCUGUAGGAGGCAUGGCGAUGAUUGUGGGCUGGCUGGCGCUUAUCCUCUGA